AUGGCAAGGACUAAAACAACCAAGAGGAAACAGCGACCGACUCCACGACAGCCACCACCACUGCCCCAGCCAGAUGAAAAUGAAGAAGAAGAAAAUGUUGAAGUCGAAGAAGAAGGAGCUGCUAAAGAAGCUGCUGAAGUCGAAUCAGGUGGAAGUGCAGAAGAAGAUGCUGAAGCUGAAGUAGAAGGAGCUGAACAAGGAGCAACUCGAGGUCAAAGCAAGGCGAGGUACAGAUUUCGGUGCACUCUAAAUCUCUGCUACAUGUUAUAA